AAGAAGAAUUUCAGCGACGGAAAAAGUGUUGCUUUUGUUCCGGUGUCGUUGUACAGCACACGUGGCUGAGGUUUACAAGCUCUGCUCGCUGAAGUACUGGGGAAGAAGACGCACAAGGCUUCGGCGUUCAUUCGAUUCUGUCAACGUAUAAAGCAACAUGAAGCCAGGGUUUAGUCCCAGAGGGGGUGGUGGCAGAGGAGGCUUUGGUGCACGAGGAGGACGUGGUGGAUUUAGUGACCGCGGAGGGCGAGGAGGAUUGAGAGGAAGGGGUGGAUUUAGAUCUCCAGAUGGCGGAGGAUUCAGGGGCCGAGGAGGAGGCAGGGGUACCCCAAGAGGAAGAGGAGGAAGGGGUGGCCGAGGAGGUUUUGGAGCAGGGAAGAGAGUUUUGGUGGAGCCACACAGGCAUGAAGGAGUGUUUAUCUGCAGGGGGAAGGAGGAUGCUCUGGUGACCAAGAACAUGGUUGUUGGGGAAUCUGUUUAUGGAGAGAAGAGGAUGAGUGUUGAGGAGGGGGAGACCAAGAUUGAAUAUAGAGCAUGGAAUCCAUUCCGUUCUAAGCUGGCAGCAGCAAUUUUAGGAGGAGUUGACCAGAUCCACAUCAAACCUGGAGCGAAAGUCAUGUACCUGGGGGCUGCUUCUGGUACAACAGUGUCUCAUGUCUCUGACAUUGUUGGUCCGGAAGGGCUGGUAUAUGCAGUUGAAUUUUCUCACAGGUCAGGUCGGGAUCUUCUUAAUGUGGCUAAGAAACGCACCAACAUUAUUCCCAUCAUUGAAGAUGCUCGUCACCCACACAAAUACAGAAUGUUGGUUGGGAUGGUGGAUGUAAUUUUUGCAGAUGUAGCCCAGCCAGACCAGACUAGAAUCGUUGCUUUGAAUGCUCACAACUUCCUGAAGAAUGGAGGACACUUUGUUAUCUCCAUUAAGGCUAACUGUAUAGACUCAACUGCUGCUCCAGAGGCUGUGUUUGCCUCAGAAGUGAAAAAGAUGACUUCAGAGAAUAUGAAACCACAGGAACAGCUCACACUGGAGCCCUAUGAAAGAGACCAUGCUGUGGUGGUGGGCAUCUACAGACCUCCACCAAAAGAGAAGAAAUGAGACUCGAUGGAACCCAGGGGCAACUCGUCCAUGUUCAACCACCAUCUGCUUAUUUACACAUCUCUGUUUUGGCUGCUUAUGUGACUGCACAACCACUCAGCUUUCUAUCGGGACACACAUUACAAAACAUUUGGGGCCAGUACAGUUUGGUGGUCAGCUGGUGCAAAAUUGGUUUAUCUUAAUUGAGCUCUUUCCCUCAUGUGACAAGCACGUGUGAGUGUGAAAAGUCCAUUUCUGCUUUGUUUGAUGUUGAAAAGCUAGCUUUGAGUUGACCGUUUUGAUUUCAAAGUUGAGUUUCAUGUGCGAACAUUUCUUUUUUUUUUUUUUUUUUUUUAGGAUUUUGUACCUUUUUGUCAAUAUAAUUUUUUUUUCUUUGUCCUUUGCUUCUGAUCCCAGAGAAUUUACAGCAACUGAUUUAUAUUACCAAGUUAAAGGAUUUAACUGUCUAGAUGGCCUUUUAAGUGAAGUACUUUUGAACUUUUAUAAUUUAAACAUGACCCAUAAUGGUGGUGCAGCCAUAACUGUCCCCAUUAAGUUAAUUUUAAGAAAAUUUCAUCGCAGGUCUUAUCAGUUGACUAGUAAUAAAGUAAUUUAGAGAGGGGUUAAUUGCUUAACAAUGUUCAAUUUGUCAAUAUCUGAUGAAAGCUCGUUUAGGUUACAUUUUACCAUGUA